AUGUCGGCCUUCCCACCACCACCAGUCAACACCAUUGACUGGUCCAAUGUCGGCUUCAAGGUUCGCGAGGUCAAUGGCCACAUCGAGUCCACCUGGUCCAAGUCCACCGGGGAAUGGACCCCCCUCCGCUUCGUCGCCGACCCCUACAUGCGAAUCCACGGCAUGGCCCCGGCCCUGAACUACGGCCAGCAGGCCUACGAAGGUCUCAAGGCCUUCCGAACCCCCAACGACGCCGCCAUCACCGUCUUCCGCCCCGACCGCAACGCCCGCCGCAUGCAGCACUCGGCCGACGUCGUCUCUAUGCCUCGAGUCCCCGAGGAGCUCUUCCUCAAGGCCGUCCGGGCCGCCGUGGCCCUCAACGCCGAGUUCGUGCCCCCCCACGAGACGGGCGCCGCCCUCUACAUCCGACCCCAGAUCUACGGCUCCAGCGCCCAGCUCGGCCUGAGCCCCCCCGACGAGUACAUCUUCGCCGUCUUCGUCAUCCCCACGGGCGUCUACCACGGCACGCACCCCGUCAAGGCCCUCAUCCUCGAGGAGUUUGACCGCGCCGCCCCCAACGGCGUCGGCAGCGCAAAGGUCGGCGGCAACUACGCCCCCGUCCUGCGCUGGAGCGACGCCGCCCGCGGCGACGGCUACGGCAUCACCCUCCACCUCGACAGCGCCCGGCACGAGGAGAUUGACGAGUUCAGCACCAGCGGUUUCAUCGGGGCCAUCGUGAACCCGGGCGACGAUAAGGAUGUCACCCUCGUGGUCCCCAGCUCCAAAUGCAUCAUCGACAGCGUCACGAGCGACAGCAUCCUCCAGAUCGGCCGCAGCUUCGGCUGGAAGGUCGAGCAGCGCGCUAUCAAGUACGGCGAGCUGCCGGCCUUCUCCGAGGUCAUGGCCGCGGGUACCGCCGCGGCCCUCGUGCCCAUCCGUUCCAUCACCCGUCGAAACGGCCCGGCUGGCGGACUGCCCUCUGACUCGCCCCGCGUGAGCGUCGGCAAGGGCGAGGAGGUCGUGACGUUCCUCCCCCAGGAGCAGGAGGAUGCGGGGCCCAUCUGCCUGAAGCUGAUUACGCAGCUCAAGGCCAUCCAGCUGGGCAAGGUGGAGGACGCAUUUGGCUGGAGGGUCGAGGUCGGCACCAACGAUUUGGAGCUGGCGGGGCCUGAGCGAGAGCGGAAUGGGAAGACGCCGACGGUGGAUCAGAUGGAGUAG